UCCUCUAGAAGCAUGAGCAGUUUGGUGAGUUUCACCACUUGCUCCAGGAGCUGCAUAUGGAUGAUGGCCGCUUUCAGCGGUACCACCGUCUUUCCCUUGCCCAGUUUGAGGAGCUGCUGUCCCGCGUGGGUCCCAGCAUCGCCCGCCUAAACACCAAUGUCUGUCUUCCUGCGAGAGAGAGCAUUAGAAACACAAGCAGUUUAUGCUGCCACUGCUGCAGAGAUGAUGCGACUGUGUUGGGCCCUAGUACUGAUUUUUUCUUAUUCCACUUCAGAAGGCACUAUAAUCAUCACAGAGCCUGGUGAGAGCAUCACUUUGAAGUGUUCCUCAGAAGAAUGCCCCAAAAACAAUGGUCGAUAUGCUGGGAUGUAUCUGUAUCAUAGGUUUACUGAACAGAAUGAGGUGUAUUACUAUAGAAACCAUGUAAACAGCAAAGUCGCUGUGCGAUCGAAAUACAAAGGCAGGAUUGAGUCAAACGGAGCUCCCAUGAACCACAGCAUCACCAUGACCAAUCUGACUGUGGAUGAUUCUGGUGUCUACACUUGUGUCUACAAAGAAUCAGUAGACAAAAGUGUUGAGUGCAAAGUCUACACAGUUUUUGUAAGAGAAAUAACAAACAAACCUAACAGAGAGCUCCAGACGACCACAGAGAAGAGACGUCUACCUGGUGGUAAUCGUGAGCAUAAUACUACCGAGCAUCCCAAAGAACCAUGUUCCAGACAAAAAGCGCUCUUGUCCACUGCAGAGGAGAGACAUCUACCUCUGGUGUUAAUCAUCAGUAUUUCCACCAUCAUCCUGCUGUUCAUCAUAAUCUUAAUCCUACUGAUGAUCCAGAAGGCGAGAAAAAUGAAAAGCCAUGAAAGAAAAGCAAGACCUUCCCUGCAAGGAUCCAAUGAUUAUGUGUAUGAAGUUAUGAUGAAGACCAACAGGUGCCCAGCAGCAGCUCCAGAGCAGCCAACACAAAACCCCUAUGAGCUUGUUUAGAUAUGUAGUCGAAUAUUAUUCACUUCUGGAGGGUUUCUUUUGAAGCUGUUGAUGGGGUGUUUUUUCUUCUUCUUUUGUUUCACUGCUUUUGGUUGAUUUUUGUUUUUGAAGUGAUAUAAAUCACAAUGAUGCACUCAAAGUGACCAUUCAUAGUGUUGCAUUGCCUCUGUUCCCUGAUUAUUCGAGAAUUGAGAGGGCAUUUGAAAAAAGCAUAAAUAUAUAUUGUGAUAUCAUAGGGAUAGGUUUGGGUUGUUGCUUGUGUGGACCUAGACCUCAGACACCAUAAUAAACAUCAGCAGCCUGAUUAUUCAUCUGUUAGUUUAGCACAAAUGAACACGUGGUGAGUGUUUCUUGUUUAUGUAUUAUAACUUGGAGGGUGCAUGCGAGGACAUGUGAAACACACUUGUGGCCAAAAACCACCGAAGAUGGGUGGGAGGGUGGGGAUGGGGAUGAGUGGUUUAUAUUUCUACAUGCAGAUAUCUCACAUGGUUUAUUAAUGUUGAUUUGAUAACAGUCGCAUAUAAAUAACUGAUGUAAUUAGAGUUCUGAAAGUGGAGAUGAGACUGGAUGAUAACUGGUUAGACUGUUUAUUGGUAAAUG